CGCUUCAAAUUUCGUCUACUGAGGUGCGCUGCGCGGCUGUUUUCCGUCUAAUUGUUGUGUCAGAUGCAUGGAUAAGUGUGUGAGUGCGCGUGUCUAUUUGCAAAACAACGAAAGGCAUUGAAUAAAUUGAAUUAAUAUCAACAAAUUCCAAAUGUGCUAAAUUCGCUAAUUUAAUAUUGUUAGUUUAUAUGCCUGCGGCUUCCGACAGUCCCAUCAAAUUCCAAGUAGAGUAAAUUCCCAUAGAGAAGAGCUUGUCGAAAAAAUACAUUAACAGCGCUGGCAAAUCAAGAACGAAGAUAAACCAAUACUAACGCACAAAUCAUUUGUAAAUUUGUAAAUGCAAAUAAAGUUAUCAGCUUUUGUUUACACUUAAACGCGCCGGGGAGUGGCAACGUAUGCACAAGUGCUUGCCGUUAUUCGUUUUGAUAUUCUGUUUAUAAAUGUUAAUGCUGUAUGAAUUGCUGCAACGUGUAUCCUGUUUUUAAUUCAUAUCCAAUUGGUGGGCAACUUCAAGUUAAAUGCUGCAAAUAAACGAUGUUUGCCUGGGGAUUUAUUGCUCAGUUCUCAUCGCUGUCUUCGCUGCUGCAUCCCCAUCAAAGUCACUGACACGGGAAGUGGAAGUGUGAUGUCACCACAUUUGCCUGCUGCAGUCGACAACAACAACAACAAAACAAGAAAUUUUACUAUUACUGCCACUCUACAAAUACAAAAAAAAGAUACGCUAACAGACGCACAACAACAUUAUUGCAAUUGCUCUGAAUUCUUAAGAUUCAGACGCUAGCUGACAACAUGAAAAUGCCUCGGUCGCUUUCCCAUUUACAUUUACAGUUGCAACGGCUGCUGGUGCUGCCGACAGCGUUGCUUUUGUUGCUCAACAUAUGCUUGCAACAACACAUCGCACUCGUCACAGCUGACAACUUGGAGUCAAAAGCACACAUCGGUGACUAUUUUCCUGCCCUUAAUGAGUUUUCAACACACACUGUGAUACGCCCCCUAGUGCAACAUGGUCGCACUAAGCGCGCUCUGCAUAGCACCCUGGAUGCAACGGAUGGUCUACAUGCGCCACAGUUAACACUGAGCUACAUGCACCAAGGACAACGCAUCCAAAUCGAAUUGCAACGCAACGAUCGCCUCCUGCCCGACGCCCACUUCCUGCGCUAUCAGAAUGCCAGCAACCAGGAAGAUGGCGCCUCCGGCUACGUCGUGCGCAAUUUCACCAAGACUGACAUUGAUUUAUGCCAUUAUCAGGGACAUAUACGUGGCAAACAGGACUCAAGUGUGGCGCUUUCCACCUGCGGUGGCAGCCUCAAUGGCGUCGUCUUCGAUGGCCAGCACACGUACUUCAUUCACCCGCACAUCGAUGGCAACGGAAGACUGCAGGAUGACCAUUAUCUGCUCAGGCACGCCGACAUGUUGCAACAGAAUGCUACCUGUGGCUACGACAGCAGCAAGGAUAACCACAAUCCACAACAAGAUGACGAAAGCUGGCAAAACAGGAUGGAGCCGGAAGGAGAGCCUUCAUUGCCCCAACGAUUGGAUGGUGGAGAAUUCCAUCGGAUGUUAAGACGCAAACGAAGGCAUGCGGAUGAUAGUCAACUGAUACGAGGACCGUACAAUGCCAACAAGUACUCCAGCUACGUGGAACUGGUCAUUGUGGUGGACAACAAGUUGUACAACCAUUUCGGGGAGAAUGCCAAGCGAGUGCAUCAGCAUUGCAAGGAUCUGGCUAACAUUGUGAAUGCCCUUUAUGUGCCCUUAAACAUCUUUGUGGCGCUGGUGGGCGUGGUCAUAUGGAACGAAGCGAACGAGAUUGAGUUCUCUAGCGAUGGCGACGUCACGCUCCGCAACUUUCUCAACUAUCGAAGCACAAAGCUCGUCCUGGAGCAUCCCAACGACAACGCACAGCUUCUAACCAAGGAGAUGUUCUCGGGCGGAGUUGUGGGCAAGGCACUAAAGGGACCCAUUUGCACCUACGAGUACUCGGGUGGUGUGAGCAUGCAGCACAGUCAGGUGCUGGCAGUGGUGGCCACCACGAUGGCUCAUGAGAUGGGCCACAACUUUGGCAUGGAGCACGAUUCCAGCGAUUGCCACUGUCCGGAUGAAAAGUGUGUGAUGGCUGCUUCCAGUACGGCUGUUGUUCCUGUGCAUUGGAGCAGCUGCAGCAUCGAUCAGCUGACGAUUGCCUUCUCGCGUGGAAUGAACUAUUGUCUGAGGAAUAAACCAACGCGUCUCUUUGACUCGCCACAAUGUGGAAAUGGGUUCGUGGAACCCGGCGAGCAAUGCGACUGCGGAUUGCCCGCCCACUGCGAGAACAGCUGUUGCAAUGCCCACACCUGCAUGUUGCACAGCAACGCCUCCUGUGCCACCGGCGAGUGCUGUGACCUGGACACAUGUCGACCCAAACUGGCAGGAAGCGCCUGUCGUCCGACGGAGAAUGAAUGCGAUCUGCCGGAGUACUGCACCGGCGAGUCGGAGUACUGUCCGGCGGAUGUGUUUCGUCGUGACACGGAACCCUGCGACAACAAUCAGGCGUACUGUUUCCUCGGCACCUGUCGCUCCCAUGCCAAUCAAUGUCGCAUCCUGUGGGGACCGACCGGGGACAAUUCCGUGCAUUGCUACGAGAAGAAUGUGGAAGGUACACGACUGGGCAACUGUGGUUACAAUCGCCUCAACAAGACCUUUGUGAAGUGCACACCAGAACACGUCCAUUGCGGCAUGCUUCACUGUACCCAUCUCAACGAACGUCUGGAGUUUGGCAUGGAAACGGCAGCUGUGUUGUCUCAUUCCUAUGUCAGUCACGAUCGAAAGAUUGUCGCCUGCCGCACGGCCCUUGUUGAUCUCGGACUGCAGACAAUUGAUCCUGGUCUGACCCCGAAUGGGGCCAAGUGUGGCGAGCGGAGCAUGUGCGUCGAUCAGAAGUGCUUGCCCCUGGACCGUGUGCGUCACCUGGGCAUGGGAUCGGCCUGUCCCGAUAACUGCAACGACAACGGCGUUUGCAACAGUCGAGGACAUUGCCACUGCGAUGUGGGAUUCGGUGGUGAAUCGUGCAACAAGCCCGGACACGGCGGCUCCGUUGACAGCGGUCCAGCAACAGAUCCAAGCAGCAAGCUGAGCUUCAAGCGAUUCAUGUACAUUCUCUUCUUCCUGGUGGUGCCGCUCCUGUUCUUCUCCUGGGUUGUCUAUCACUUUAUGAUCCGCAACAAGUUCUUCUCCGGUGGAAAACUCGCUGAGAAUAUCUUGAAAACCGCCAGUGGCCACAAACAACCGACAGUGCGUUCAGUUCCAAAUGGAAAUGGUCCACCUGGAGGUGGGGCUGGAGCAAUUGGCCUGCCCAAAUCGACGCCAAGCAGUUCGGAUGACAUGAACUCGGCGCUGCUCAAGUCGCCCAGCAAUUCGAGUGACACCACCGUCGCCGUCGCUGGGAAUACGGGAGCGGGAAUGUUUGGUAAAUUCAAGGGAUUCACGCUGCGUCCGCUGAACAAUGCGAGCUCGCCGACAAGCAACUACAGUGGUCCCAAUGUGGCAUUUGUUCAGCCCACUGUGCAGGUGGAGAGUACUGGGGUGCCACAACGCAGUGCACCGCCUCCACCAGUGGUCAAGCCAGUGGAGAAGAGAGGCGACACCUUGCCACGUGCAGCGCCCGCAUUGCCACCUCCCAAUCCUGGCUCGACGGCACGGCCAAUAAUAUCGACACCAACCCUCGACUCGAGCACAUUGGCCAUGGAACUUGUAGGCAGCGAUGGAGAUCUUUCACCUAAACGAUCAGCGCCUGCACCUCCAGUGCCACUGCACGCUGAUCCCAAGCUGAACAUUAAGCGAGAUGGCACCAUACGACGCCUGGCCUCAUUCCUGAAGAAGGAAGAGAAGCCGCCGCUCAAGGAGAAGACAUACAUUGAUCGCGAGCGUCUGCGAACUCUUGAAAUAUCCGCACCGAUGCCAGUUCCAAUGCCUCUGCACGCAGAGUCCUCCAACUCGGACUCAGAGACGACUCCACGGGAGGAGGAAACCAAGAAUCUAGUAAAGCGCACUCAAUCUAUGCGCUCGCCCACCAAGAAGACGCAGGUACAGACAUUCGGAUCGAUGAGAUCCCCGCCGGGAGCAGCUCGUCCUAAGAGCACAGCCACUGGCCUUGCUGCCGCUGCCACAGCCGGUUCACGUCCCAAAUCGCCACCGCCACGUCCCCCACCCCUGGUGAAGAAGACUAACUCCACAACCUCAUCGGGAUAUCAGCUGCCCGUGGCAACGGCACAAAAGACCACUGAGAACAACUAUGACGACUGUGAAUUCGUGGAGGCGGAAACGACUGCUUCCAACGAUGACAUUUACUCGGUUAUUGACGAGAUUCCGCCGGCGGCACAGACCCUAAAGCGCAGUGAUCUCGUUGCCAGUUUGGCCAGCAAUGUCAGCACCGGUGACAUGGGGCUGCUGGGAGAGAUUGUUAAUGAGUUUGAGAAGCUCAACGGAGGCGAUUCCAUCUACUCGGGCAAGGCGACGACACCAUCAGCUGCCGAGGAGGAACAGCCCGAGACGCCGCGAAGUCCACAGCGUCCGGCACCACCGAAGCCGGCAGGAAGCAAUCGGAACAGCAACUCUGGCAAUGCAGAGGAUAAACCAGCUGCUGCAACGUCCACAUAUCUUCGUGCACCGCCGCUUAAUACACCUGUGGCGCGUGUGGCACCAACUCGAUCGGACAUCUCGCCCACACGAGCAUUCUCCAGCUUCAAGCCAGCGCCAGCACCAGCAUCAGCGACAACAUCAUCAAAUACGUCCAAAGGCAGCAGUGCUAAGCCUCCGAUUGCUGCAUCCUCCACCGGUCAAGUGGUGCGCAGUGCAAGCGCUGCCCGUCCCAAAUCAUUCACGAAGACAGCUAAAACACUGCCCAACGGAAUGGCAUCGACGCCAUCGGCCACCAUACAGAAACCCAAGCCGCUUUCGGCCAAGCCAUCGUUUAGCAGCGGACUGACAAGGCGUGUGCCGGGCACCGCAGCGUCAGCAACAGCGGCAGCCGCGCCCACUCCGCCCACAGUGAAAGCGUCCGCAAACAUUGCAUCGCUGACGCAGCGGUUCGAGCAGCGAAAGUAGAUAGAUAGAUAGAAAGAGGAAGAGCUACCGCCUAUGACUUUUGUAUAUUAUAAGUUAGGCUAGACACAAUCAAAUUACAUUUGGCACUGAUUACCGAGAUAUAGCGACGCCAAAUCCCGCACCGUCGUUAAUGAUAUUCAUUCCUUUAUAGAUAUCCCUCUAGUUAGCUCUAAGGCGUUGCUUAAUUUACGUGCUUUUAGUAUCUCAAUGAAUUAUUUUAAGUGCAGUGUAUGAAAUUUUAAUGAUAUACAUAUUGUAUGUACGUAUAUAGUUAUAUUAUAUGCUUACUCAUUAUAUUUAUAUAUAUAUAUUACAUGUUUAAUUGUUUAUGUAUAUGCUAUUUGCUUUUGUAAAUAAAAACCAAAGAAGUUAAAUUGUCACAAAAUGUGCAAAGUGUGCAGCUAAAAUUAAAAGAAUUCUCAAUGCAAAAUAGUCCACAUAAUCCUAAAUGUAACGUUAUAAUAAUGUUGUACAGUUGUAAAGCGCACUUGCGACUUUUCAAAACGAAUAAAUAACGAAAUAAACUCGAUUUAUAUUUUUUUUCUUAA